AUGAACGAAGAAGAUGAUAUUACUUCAGUUGGAGACCUGGACUUUGAAGAUUCUGGUUCCGACGGACGUGUAACUAGGGUAAUGAAGCGCAAAAGUAUUCACAAUGUCCCACCUAUUGAUCAGAGAGGUCGACAAAGUUCUGUAAACAAAACAUCAGAUAAUAAGAUAGCAGAAUUAAAAGAAUUCAUUGGCAAGUUGCCUAUGAGUCUCUCUCUCUCUCUACACUAG